UUCUGGCUUCAGUUCUUUUCUUCUUUUCACUUGACGUUUCAAAACACACUGUUUAGUCUGUGGUCGUAAACCUAAACCAGUACUUCAAUUUUUUGUGCUGUUUCUGUCUGUGAAUUUGAAGUUUGAAGCUUCGCCAUGGCGGCGAAAGAAGGGAAGGCGAUAGGCAUAGACCUGGGAACUACCUACAGCUGCGUGGGCGUAUGGCAAAAUGACCGUGUUGAGAUCAUCCCGAACGAUCAAGGUAAUCGGACCACCCCGUCGUACGUGGCGUUCACCGACACCGAGAGGCUCAUCGGAGAUGCGGCGAAGAAUCAGGUGGCUAUGAACCCACAGAACACCGUCUUCGAUGCGAAGCGUCUGAUCGGUCGGCGAUUCUCCGAUCCCUCUGUUCAAAACGACAUGAAGCUGUGGCCUUUCAAAGUCAUUCCGGGGCCAGCAGAGAAGCCGAUGAUCGUCGUUACAUACAAAGGCGAAGAGAAGAAGUUCGCCGCCGAAGAGAUCUCGUCGAUGGUCCUGACGAAAAUGCGUGAAGUCGCCGAGGCGUUUCUGGGUCAUCAGGUGAAAAACGCCGUCGUAACGGUUCCUGCUUAUUUCAACGAUUCUCAAAGGCAAGCCACUAAAGACGCUGGAGCGAUUUCUGGGUUGAACGUACUCCGGAUCAUCAAUGAACCUACGGCUGCUGCUAUAGCUUAUGGAUUAGACAAGAAAGCUUCUAGAAGAGGUGAACAAAACGUGCUUAUAUUCGACCUUGGUGGUGGAACUUUUGAUGUUUCAUUACUAACAAUCGAAGAAGGAAUUUUCGAAGUUAAAGCUACAGCCGGGGAUACCCAUUUGGGAGGUGAAGACUUCGACAACAGAAUGGUGAAUCAUUUUGUGGCUGAGUUCAAGAGGAAGAACAAAAAGGACAUAAGUGGAAACGCAAGGUCUUUGAGGAGAUUAAGGACCGCUUGUGAAAGAGCUAAAAGGACACUGUCGUCGACGGCACAAACAACGAUCGAAAUUGAUUCUCUGUACGAAGGGAUUGACUUCUAUGCGACUAUCACAAGAGCAAGGUUCGAGGAAUUGAACAUGGACUUGUUCAGGAAGUGCAUGGAACCUGUGGAGAAGUGUCUAAGAGAUGCGAAGAUCGACAAAGGACAAGUCCACGAAGUUGUUCUGGUAGGCGGGUCGACCCGAAUCCCGAAGGUCCAACAACUCCUUCAAGACUUCUUCAACGGAAAAGAGCUCUGCAAAAGCAUCAACCCCGACGAAGCAGUCGCGUACGGUGCGGCCGUGCAAGCGGCGAUCUUGAGCGGCGAAGGGGACGAGAAAGUUCAAGACUUGUUAUUGCUCGACGUGACCCCAUUAAGCCUUGGGCUCGAAACCGCCGGUGGGGUCAUGACGGUGUUAAUCCCAAGAAACACCACAAUCCCCACGAAGAAAGAACAAAUCUUCUCUACCUAUUCCGAUAACCAACCCGGAGUUUUGAUCCAAGUUUACGAGGGAGAACGAGCAAGAACUAAAGACAACAACUUACUCGGCAAAUUCGAGCUCACCGGAAUCCCACCGGCGCCGAGGGGAGUUCCCCAGAUCAAUGUGUGCUUCGACAUAGACGCCAACGGGAUCCUGAACGUAUCUGCGGAGGACAAAACAGCCGGAGUGAAGAACAAGAUAACGAUCACGAACGAUAAAGGAAGGCUGAGCAAGGAAGAGAUUGAGAAGAUGGUGCAAGAUGCAGAGAGGUACAGAGCAGAGGAUGAGGAAGUGAAGAAGAAGGUGGAGGCGAAGAACUCACUUGAGAACUAUGCAUAUAAUAUGAGGAACACGAUCAAGGACGACAAGAUUGCAAGCAAGUUAGGAGCAGAUGAGAAGCAGAAGAUUGAGAAGGCUGUGGAGGAGACGAUAGAGUGGUUGGACGGAAAUCAGUUGGCUGAAGUUGAUGAGUUUGAGGAUAAGCUGAAGGAACUGGAGGGUAUCUGCAACCCCAUCAUAGCUAAGAUGUACCAGCAGGGUGGUGCUGGCACUGCUGGCGGAACGGGUGAGGACAUGCCGGGUUCUGAAUCGGGCGGGUCGGGAUCGGGAGCUGGACCCAAGAUCGAGGAAGUUGACUAAAGUAGAAGCUCUGCUUGAAGUUGAGCCAAGUCCUUGUGUGUGGUUUACCAGUUGAGAAGCACGUAGUAAGCUUCAUAGUAAAGGGUGCUUUUGUAUUCUGUUUUAAAGAUGCUAAUGGAACUAAAUAAAAGUUGAGAUUUCUAUUCAGAUGGUUUUUAAGUAUUAGUCUGGGCAUUAGUCUAUGGUGGAUUGGCCGUGAGCUUUAUAUCUUCAGCUUUGUUCAUAAUCAUAGCUCAAAUUGAACUGGUUUAGUUUUGAACUGCCUU